CGAGCAUCUGUGCUGGGUGCUCAAUGAAUGGAAGCCGCCGGGCGGGCCUGCGCGCACCGUGCGGUCGCCCCGCGGCCUGUUAAGGGCCCUCGCCAGCCCCGCACCCUCCUCCCGCCGCGGGCUGAGGCUGCCGCCGCCACUGCGCCCCACGCCGAGGCCGCGGCGGCGACGGGGAAGGUCGGAGGGAGGGUGGUUUCCUCCCUCCCCACACCCAGUCUCGGAGCCGGAUAUAUAGAGUGUCACGUUUGGGAGCCUAAAGCCGCGAGCGCUUUUCCCUGCGGCUGGAGUACUUGCCGGAGCCUCGGGGAAGGAGUGGGGUUCACGGGACCACCAGUUGAACCCCACCCGCGCCGGAGGAGCAGAUACAGGAUUCCCACUGUUACUGGGGGUGUGUGGAGAUUCAUGCCAAAGUACAACCACUUGUGUAGAAGAACUCCCUUGAGUGAUAGCCAGAAGGGGGGACCACUGAGACAGCAAAGCUGGUAUCUCCUGUAGGGAACCUCUUUCCAGAGCUAUAAAAGACCAAGAGAAGAAUCAUGUCCAUGAUUGCAGCUUUCUAUAGUGGCAAGUCCAUUCUCAUUACUGGGGCCACAGGCUUCAUGGGCAAAGUGUUGAUGGAGAAGCUAUUUCGCACCAGUCCCGACCUGAAAGUCAUUUACAUCCUUGUGAGACCCAAGGCUGGCCAGACAACGCAGCAGAGGGUUUUCCAGAUCCUAAAUAGUCAGCUCUUUCAAAAAGUCAAAGAAGUUUGUCCAAACGUGCAUGAGAAGAUCAGAGCUAUCUAUGCGGACCUCAAUCAGAAUGACUUUGCUAUCAGCAAGGAGGACAUGCAAGAGCUUCUCUCCUGUACAAACAUUAUCUUCCACUGUGCGGCCACCGUGCGUUUCGAUGAUCAUCUGAGACACGCCGUGCAACUUAAUGUCACUGCCACCCAGCAGCUCUUGCUCAUGGCCAGUCAGAUGCCAAAGCUUGAAGCCUUCAUACAUAUCUCCACUGCCUUUUCAAAUUGUAACCUGAAGCACAUCGAUGAGGUCAUCUACCCAUGCCCUGUGGAGCCAAAAAAAAUCAUCGACUCCAUGGAGUGGUUAGAUGAUGCUAUUAUUGAUGAGAUCACCCCCAAGCUGAUCGGUGACCGGCCCAAUACGUACACGUAUACCAAGGCCUUGGGUGAGAUGGUGGUGCAGCAGGAGAGCGGGAACCUAAACAUCGCCAUCAUAAGGCCCUCCAUUGUGGGAGCAACCUGGCAGGAGCCUUUCCCGGGCUGGGUUGAUAACCUAAAUGGACCUAGUGGGCUCAUUAUUGCGGCUGGGAAAGGGUUUCUUCGGUCCAUAAGAGCUACUCCGAUGGCUGUGGCAGAUUUAAUUCCCGUUGAUAUAGUCGUCAAUCUCACUUUGGCUGUGGGAUGGUACACAGCCGUUCACAGACCUAAGUCAACAUUAAUCUACCACUGUACAUCUGGUAACCUCAAUCCUUGUAAUUGGGGCAAAAUGGGAAUCCAAGUCUUGGCAACCUUUGAAAAAGCCCCAUUUGAGAGAGCUUUUAGGAGGCCACAUGCAGACUUCACAACCAACCUCAUCAUAAGCCAGUACUGGAAUGCUGUCAGCCACCGGGCCCCUGCCAUCAUCUAUGACUUCUUUCUGCGGCUCACAGGAAGGAAGCCCAGGAUGACAAAGGUCAUGAAUCGGCUUUUAAGAACAGUUUCCAUGCUGGAAUAUUUUGUCAACCGGAGUUGGGAAUGGAGCACAUACAAUACGGAAAUGCUGAUGUCUGAGCUGAGUCCUGAAGACCAGAGAGUAUUCAACUUUGAUGUGCGCCAGUUGAACUGGUUGGAAUACAUUGAAAAUUAUGUUUUAGGAGUUAAGAAGUACUUACUGAAAGAGGAUAUGGCUGGGAUCCCAGAAGCAAAACAACAUUUGAAAAGGCUCCGAAAUAUUCACUACCUCUUUAACACUGCCCUCUUCCUCAUCGCAUGGCGCCUUCUCAUUGCAAGAUCUCAGAUGGCUCGGAAUGUCUGGUUCUUCAUUGUGAGCUUCUGUUAUAAGUUCCUCUCCUACUUUAGGGCACUCAGCACGCUUAAGGUGUAAGAACAUUUGGCAAGCUCCUUUUAUCUGGAACCUUUUGGAUACCUCUAAAACAGCAAACUGUGGUUCUCAAGAUUAGGAAGUAACAAAGAAUAUGCCCAAGUUCAUUACCUGUCAAAGUGUUGUCUUCACCUGUUUCUUACCUAUAUAUUUUAUUUCUGUGAGAGAAGGAAAGUCAUAUCCUAGCCUAUAAUCAUCCGUAUCUUAGGAAAAAUUAUCUCCAGAUUGCUUCCUAAUACUCCAUUCUGUGCCCUUGAAUAUAAAACACCAAAGUACAUUUAUCUGUCCGUAUUUAGGGUUUUUUCUCUUCAGAGGACUAAUUUUUGACUCAAUGAACAUGGAAGAACACAUGAUAUAAGCUGAAAUAGGCUAAAGAAAGGCAGUUCUAACCUUGGAAUCAUUCUGGGGUACCCAGUAUAAAGGAUUAAAUUCAAGAUUAAGUUGAGGAAGAAUGAUCUUUGCAACCUCAGAAAUACUGUAAAAGAGAAUUCUCUACUGAAAUCUCAGUGUCCUUUUCCUGUUAUACCAUGAAGACCUGUUGAAGGCUGGGAGAAUUGGAAAAGUGGAUUCACAUCUAGCACUUCCCUCAACUAUUUCUGAAAUCUAAAAAACAAAAAAAAAAAUUAGGUGUAAAUAAUUAUGUAUAGAAGGAGAGCUCAAGCAUAGUUGCAUUGGUACCGAUUAUGCUUGUAAGUAAAAUUAGUUCUCAUAAUUUGAAUCUGACAACUUUUAUUUCUAAAUCUUUUGAGUCACCCAUUUUCCUGAUAACCUUCUCUCAGGAGUUUCCCUUCUGUUCACCGAAGUCACCAAACCUCUUAUAUUUAUUUUGCUCAGCCCUCAGAGCGAGAGUGACUGAUGGAACAUCCUAGGCUAGAAUCUUAAAAAAACAAAACAAAACAAAAAACCCACAAAAAUUCAGUCCCCUGAUCUUUGCCAGUGAGGAAGGCAAAAUUUUAAAUAUAAACGAAAAUGUUAGUUUAAGUCUUUUUCUGGGAAGUGGGGAAGAUUACCCUUCUGUGACCACCAGGACUUGCUAGUAUCUUGAUCAUUCCAGUUACACAAUGCUAACUGUGCAACGUAUAGCAGAAGAGACUUCACUAACAGACUGUCACUUUAGAGAGUAAGUGUUGUUUUAUUUAAAAAUAUUUUAUGUAUAAUACAAUGAAUUAGUAAAAACUAUUUAUUCUCAAAUCCCUAUAUUAAUAAUAUAACUGUUAUCCUGACUUUCCUUGCAUUUGAGAAAUCAAUGUAUGUUGGAUUGCAGCAUUUCAUGUUAAAAAUAUGGAAUAUUCUUCAAAUA